AUGAAGGUGGAGCGCGGCUCACUUUUCCCUGGCGUCGUCUUGCGACCGCAGUUCGGCCGAAGAGGACGCCGCAUUGCAACUUGCUGCGCGGUUUUGUUUUGCUUGCUCUCUGGAAGAAGAGAGUCUCCCCUGACUGCCUCGCCAUCGGCUUCUUCAAAGCACUCCUUCCCUCCCUUAGUUGCUCCCUCGUCAGAGCUCCACAUUCAUCAACCGGUAGCCUCUCUCUUUCUGCCUUUUUCCGCGCGCAGCGUCGCUCACGAACCUUCCGCGUAUCCUCCACUGCUUUACCGAGUUCCAGUUUUUCUUCCAGUUUCUGCGUCGUUCCUUGGGUCUGGGAAACCGGAUCAAGAGCCUUCAAUUGUCCUAAACGAGAGACUGCGUCCCAUUGAAGCACUGAUGGCCCACGACACUGCCUACAUUCUCCUGCGAGCGAAGGAAGAAGAGAGGAAGCGUGGUGAAAAGAAACUGGAGACGGACAGAAGGAGACGAGAAAAGGAGGAGUACGAGGCUUCUGUGCCGCCAUUGCUUGAACUUGAUUGGUCAGCAGGUCCACUAGAUCUUGAUGCUCUCAUCGCGGAGGAUGCUGAGAAAGGCGUUUCCUGGGCGACGAAAGCUAUCGCCGGAGAUCUCCACAAAAUAACCGCAACAGAGGCUGUUGAAAUGACUUCUCGGAUUCAGUUUGCAUGCAGCAAUCGUCUGCAGGAGAUCUUCCGCACAGCCAGACCUACCGGUGGAUUUCGGCUCCCAGACACAGGGGGAAACCCCUACUGGCAAAUGCCAGCGAUCCAGAGCUAUAUGAUGCAACAGCUGAGUCGUGGACGCGUGAAGCUGUCCAUUGCUGAUUCAGAGUUACAAAAAUAUGUUUUCCGGAAUGAACGCUUGCCAUGGAACGAAGUGGCGAAAUCGCAGCCAAGGAACGGACCAGACGAAACGACGCCCACGAUAAAGAAUCCCUCAGGGGAACACUCAGAGUCAAUGAGCCACACUGUACACGAUCAUGGGUUUUGA